AUGUCCAUAUCAUCCGAAGAAGACGAAGACUAUCUCUCCGACGCACUCUCAUCGGGCUCCAACUCCAACUCCAACUCCAACUCAGAUCACGACUCUCCUCCGCGGCCACUCUCCCAAAACUACUUCGCUCCCCCGUUCUACGGUCGACCACCAACACCUCUACCACCGUCACCAUCGCUCACAUCGCUGCUCCGGCCAUCGCGGCCCACCACUCCAGACCCUUCCGACGAUGAAAACAUUGCGCCCGUCCCCAGGGCCGCGCCCAAGGUCCCCACGUACGAAUACUACGGCUUCGUGCUCUACCUCUUCAGCAGCCUCACCUUUUUAAUGUACCUCCUCUGGGCGUAUGUUCCCUCGCCGUUCCUCCACGCCCUCGGCAUCAAGUACUACCCUCAUCGGUGGUGGGCACUCGCCAUACCUGCGUUCCUGGUCAUGACGCUGUGCUACAUCUACGUGGCGCUGGCGGCGUACAAUACGGAGAUUCUGACGGUGCCGAUGGGCAGCGUGGAGACGAUUGUUGAUGGGGCGGGGGCGCUGGCUGUGAUUGAUUCGAAGGGCAGGUUGAGGGGGAGCGGGAAGAGGGAGAGGAAGUGUGAUGCGAAGGGGAGGUUGAAGUGGAGGGAGGUUUGGAACGAGGGGACUGAUGCGGUCAUGGAUAUUCCGCUGGCGGGGGUUUGUGAGAUUUUGUAUGGGGAGGGGAGGGAGGGUUCGUGUUAUGAGGAAGAUUGA